UUAUUCUGUCAUUAAAAUCGAAAACCAAAGUUGUCUUAAAACUUGUCAUUGAAAUAAUUUCUUGAUAUUAUAACUAAAAUAUUUAAAAUAAUAAAAAUGUCUGCAGUAUUAGCGAUGGAAUCGAACCCUGAGACGAUGAAUAAAUAUUUGAAGAGAUUGGGCGUUUCUGACAAAUGGCGGAUGGUUGACGUCAUCAGCUUGGAUGAGGAGGCACUAGACUGGGUACCGCGACCAGUGCUCGCUCUCACUCUUCUGUUCCCUCUAUCGACGACAUACGAAGAUUUAAGAAGUAAAGAAGAGCAGGAUUUGCUAAGCAAAGGGCAUCAGGCUCCCAAAGAUGUAUUCCAUUUGAGGCAAGUGCUGAGUAAUGUGUGCGGCACUAUCGCUCUUGUUCAUAGCGUCGCGAACAAUACACAUCAUAUCGAAUUAGAAGAAGGUAUUUUGGCGACUUAUUUAAAGAACGCCAAAGGUCUUGACGCGGCGGCAAAAGGUGCUUUGUUAGAGAACUCAGCAGCUAUGUUGGAGGCCUAUAAAGAUGUUGUAGCGGCCAGCAGUAACGAAGAGGUCACCGCGUCGGAUACUGUGAGCCAUCAUUUUGUUACCUUCGUUCAUAAAGACGGUACCUUAUAUGAACUGGAUGGCAGAAAAUCCUUCCCCAUAGAACAUGGGUCUACAAAUGAAGACCGAUUUUUGGAGGACGCAGCGAAAGUAUUGCGCAGUUUCAUUGCGCGCGAACCUGACAAUAUUUGUUUUAACGUUAUGGCGCUCGUUCCGGAACAAUGAAUUCGUUAUUAGUUUCUUGUUACUUAGAAUUUCACAAGCUAAUGUUCUUUUUACCUGUAGGUAAGGGUCAAUUUGUUUUACAUUUUUGAAGUAAUAACUAUAGUUCAGUAAAUGCUAUGUUCCUAAACAUACCCGAAUGUUGAAUAAAUAAAACUACAAA